ACAGUAUAUCUAGGAGAUAAAUCCUCCUCAUUUUCAUCAAUAGAAAGCUCAUCCAUAGUAUCUGCUAGCUCCUGGAAUGUUUCAGUCACAACAGGGGGUUGUUCUGAAAGCAUCCCAUUGGAGAAGCUCUAUUUGGCACUUAUCAUAGGCACUUUCGAUCCCCACGACUUCGACUGCAAAACCCCAUCAAAUCUGUACCUUCUGCUAGCAACAUCGACCAUGGACGCCUCCGCGGCCGAUCUCGAGGCGCGUCAGCGUCGCAUCCUCCGCCGCGUCGAGCAACUCGAGCUCGCCGCCCAGCAGUACCGUCUGGGGGCGCUCUCCGUCUCCGACGGCGAGGCGGAGGUCGAGACGGGGGACACCGAGGCGCGGCUCUCGACCCUCCUGGCCGCGCGCGGCGUGCGCGACUUCGCCUUCCGGCGCGUUCCCGCUGACUACUACGACCGGCCCCUUGAGGAGCGCCGCGACCUCCUCGCAGCCGACUCAGUCGCCCAGCUCUGCAAGAGCAUCGUCAUGGUGAAUACCAAAGCUGGUGCCGAUGUUGUUGACUGCAGUAACCCAAAGAAUUCUAAGUAUUAUGUUGUUAUUGUUCAGUAUAUGGCACGGCUUAAUGCUGAAAACGUCAAGAACUUCCUGCAUGCGCUAAAUGAGAAUCAGAUACCGAAAAAAAGAUUUAACAUGAGGCUCGCACCAGAAGAGGAGUCGCGCAUGCUUACUGGGUUUGUGCACAAUGCUGUGACGUGCAUUGGAAUGAAAACAGACAUACCGGUUAUCAUAGAUGAAGCUAUCACCAAGUUGGAUGAGGAUUUCUUCUGGCUGGGUGGUGGAGAAGUUGACCUCAAGCUCGGGAUGCGGACAUCACAGUUCCUAAAUGCCUUCAGUCCAUUUGUGGUGAACUGUUGUUAAUAAUAACCAUUCAAUGCAACAGAAGUUUCGGGUCCUUCUUGUUUCCCCCCAGCCUUGAUCAACGCCCUGCCAGGGAGGUACACUCGUAGGUUUUGGCUUGGAUCUGGGGGGUGGGAUGUCUGUCUUUUUUGGAGCAGGCGUUUCCCUUCCAGUUGCCAUAGUUACAUUAUUUACAGCUGAUUGUUGGUAAGAUUGAUGUAGCAGAGGGGACAUUCUUGGGAGGAUUGAUAUAUUUGAGACAAGUGGGCAUAUAUACUAAGCCCUUCGUAGUUCGUGCCCUAACACUUCACAUUGUUUUCUCCUCUGGUUUGCAUAUCUAACCAGACAUCUGGAAACAAAACCCAAGUUUGUUUCUGCCUUGUUGAACUCAACAUUUGGUCCAUGGAACUUAGCUGAUUAAAAUCGUUAUUUAGAUCAAA